AUGGGCGGCGACGGUGGCAAUAACAACAUCUACACGGCGAUUUACUCGGGUGUGCCCGUCUACGAGCUCAUGUGCCGUGGCAUCGCCGUUAUGCGCCGGACACACGACUCGUUCUUGAACGCUACGCAAAUCCUCAAGGUCGCGGGGAUCGAUAAGGGCAAGCGGACGAAAAUCCUCGAGCGAGAAGUUCUGACGGGUCCACAUGAGAAGGUUCAGGGUGGAUAUGGCAAGUACCAAGGAACAUGGGUUCCGUACCAGCGCGGCAAGGAUCUAGCGAAGCAGUACAAGGUCGAACCACUUCUUCGCGAUCUAUUUGAUUUCCAGAUUCCCGAGGGACACGAUGCGAUCACUCCAUCCAAGGAGAUGUUCCAGGCAGCACUCAAGGCUAAGGAGCGUCCCAAACCCUUCGCUGCAGUCGCGCCCAAGGCGAGUCCGUCUGCCAAACGUAGCCGGAACAGUCCCGCAUUGACCCCAGGAUCUGCAGUAUCCUUCAACCACGCCCCAUCCAUGACACCCUCACCACUCCAUCCUUCCUUCAACGCGCCUUCGCCAAUGAUCCCGUCUUCGCCCCAGUGGCCUGCAGAUCAACCUCCCAGGAAACGAUUCAGAACCAACAACUCACCGCCACCCCUUCACGAGUUUGAUGACGACGGACGUUCUCACAACUAUUACAACCACGGACCGCCACCACAACCUCCUCCUUCCCACCAUCAUCAUCAUCGUCAGCACUCAGGCCAACAUCAUCCAUCUCAUCACCCAUACCAUGGCGGCCAUGGACAUCACCAACCGUACCACUCGUCCCCCCACCACGGCAGUCCUUAUUCGGAGUAUGGAGUAGAUUAUGACUCGGGACGUCGAUCAGGACAUAUUAUGGCACCAGUAUACGACGAGCCUCCUUUAGAGGGGGCGGAAAAGUACAGGACUAUCCUGAUGAGCAUAUUUUUGAACGACGACCAGGAUCCGAUCCCUGAUCUACUCACCGACCCUGUCUCCCCACCCGACCUCGACAUUAACCUUGUGAUCGACGAUCAGGGUCACUCAGCAAUGCAUUGGGCGGCAGCCUUGGCGCGGAUACCUGUUCUGGAACUCCUUGUCCGAAAGCAGGUCGACAUUCGUCGAGUGAACUACAAUGGCGAAUCGGCGUUGAUUCGCGCGGUACUGGUGACCAACAACUUUGACAAGCAGUCAUUCCCGAUCUUGCUGAGCCUGCUCCACCAGGCCAUCCCUUUGGUCGAUCGCAAGAACAGGACACUGCUACACCAUAUUGCCAUCACGGCUGGGAUCCGGGGCAGGGAGCAGAGUUCACGGUACUAUAUGGAGUGCGUGCUCGAGUGGAUUGCUCGUCAUGGUGGAGAUUUUGAGUCGAUCGUGGAUGUUCAGGACAGGAAUGGAGAUACAGCGUUGACGAUUGCUGCCCGUGUUGGGGAUCGUUAUCUGUCCAAGGUUCUAAUGGACGUUGGUGCCAAUCGGGACAUUGAGAACAAGGUCGGCCUGAAAGCCGAAGAUUUUGGGGUCGAUGACAUCCAGUCAACUCGUCAACAACAGCCCCGCCCGUCCAGCAGUAGUAGUGCCGCUCCAACAGCACCAGGACCAGGUGUCAAGGAAGACUUGGACAAGAUGACCGAACACGAAAAACGCGGAGGCGACAUUUUGAACGUGGUGCAAAAGAUGCUGGAUGAACUGGACGGAGAGUUCUCCCAUGAGAUUAUGGCUCGACAAGGACAACUCCAAGAUGCAUUGGGGCUUCUUCGCCAGGCGACAGCAGAGCUGUCCGAGACUCGGCGGAGCAUCAAGCAGUAUCGGACACAGUCGUUGCAAUUGACAGAGGCUCAGCACAAGAUCAAGAAUUUAGAGCAAGCGUUAGAGGAGGAAGCCAAGAAGGCGCGUAGUCUUCCUGGGUAUGCCAAUCUUGAGCGGCGUAAGGACGGAUCUGUGGUAGAUGAUGUUGAUGUGGACACUCAUUUUGCGGUCCCUUCUUCCUCUGUAUUAUCGGCAGCGAAGGAGGCGGAGACGGAGAACGGAACGACAUCGCCUGCAGAAGAAGCGCCAGUAACAGCAACGACAUCGUCAACAACAAAGGAGGUAGAGUUGCAAGAAGAGAUUUUGCGAUUGAAGGCCCGUAUCCACGCGUAUGAGCAGCACUCAAAGGAGUUGUCGAACGAGCUGGUCGAGAUUAAGGACAAGUCUCUGGAUAAAGAGUUGCAGUGCCGCAAAGUGAUUUCGAUCUGCUGCAGCAUCCCGCUGGAGAAGGUCGAUGAGAUGCUUGUGCCGCUGACACUUGCUGUAGAGAGUGAUGGUGCUAGUCUGGACCUGUCGCGGGUUGCUGGGUUCAUGAGCAAGGUCAAGCAGCAGGAUGGCAUUGCAUCGAUCGCUGCAGCCGCUGUAGGCGGUAAUGGUAUUGGUAACUCCAACGGUGUGGGUGGUAGUGAAUCUGCUGCUCCUGUUGCAGAAGCAGCGCCAGCUGCAUCUCCAGCCGUCUCGCCCGCAUCUACCACCCCUUCCGCUCUCCCGGUCGUCCUUUAA